AUGGCGCCUACGGAGCAACCAAGCAAGGGGGGGAAUUCGUUUGAAAUGAGAACCUUGCGAAGUAAACUAUCGCAACGUUUUGCCGGUAGGACUACGCCACCUCCCAGCACAGAGUCCACACCGGCCAAAGCUACCAGGGUGCAAGCGAUCGAAUUCCACGAUACAAAGACAGAAUUUGUUAUCGAGGUUGACGAUAAUGAUGAGAGGACAGUACGCCGAUAUCAUGCCUUUAAUGUUCUGGACCUUGAUGGGGCAGAGGAGGCAAUUCAGAAGUUCCACUCCCAUAUUCUGCCCAAGGGAGGGCUACAGCCAAAGAAUUGGCGAAUAGAGCCAGGUCAUGAGGUAACAUUGCGCCUAGCGGCGGCGAGUAAAGCCCCUAUUUUCAUGGAAAGGGGAGUUGAUGGCAACUUUUUCAUAUCAAUAGCACCUGGAACGUCUUGGGCUCAGGAGAAUGAUCAGAAAACUGGGAGCCAGAUGAAAGAUAACGGAGACAAGAGCGCUCCAGAAUGCGCAAUUUUGACACCAUAA